AAAUUGAUUGACGUAUCAAAUUCCCGUUAAUUAUUUCACUCUUGCGACCGAAAUUGACUCUUUGUCCCUUUGUCUGCAAUCACUUUAUCCAAUCCUAGACGCUGCGAGCUUAUAUAAAGCUGGAGGUCCGAAGUUGACCCCAGUCACAAAAAUUUACCAUUACACUAAUUAAAACACAAAAUGGUGGUGGCCCAAAAAAUCACGUUUUUUGAACGCUCUAUGUGGAUUUUCAACACGAUUUUCCACCAAAUUUUCGCCGUUGUGACCAUUUUCAUACUAUGGACUAUUUUUUACAAUUACAUGACUGACUCCUACUUCACCUGGCACAUGGUCCUCGCCACCAUAGCAUAUGUUCCUCUUAUGGGUGAAGCCAUCAUCCUCUUCUCCAGCGACAACGUCUGGACACGCUCCCUUGACCGCCCCACGAAAUACUGGCUCCAUGGCCUCCUCCUCUUCAUCAGCGCUGUUUUAGUAACGGCUGGAAUCUCGCUCAUGGUCGACCACAACCAUGGCAAACACUUCCACUCCACCCAUGGCUGGACGGGUUUAGUGUCCUGGAUUUUCGUCCUUUUGUCCCAAAUCCUGGGCUUAGCAGCUGCCAAAUCCACGAUUUUCGCCAAAAUCGUGCCUCCCGUCUGGAUUAAAUUCCUGCACAAUUUUCUGGGAAUUCUGGGAUACGUUUUCGGGAUCGUGAGUCUGGCUUACGGACUCGAAACGCGGGCUUUCACCAGUUUCACCUCCAAGGACUCCAGGACUGCCACGUAUUGCGUUUUGGGGUUGGCCACCUUUUGGAGCCUUUUGGCCGCGUUCAAGUCGGGCUUCGGGCAGUUGAAGGCGAUUUUGAAACGGGAUUAGGAGUGUGGGGAUUACGGUGUGAAGAUCUGGCUUAAGUUAUUUACGUUGAGUGUAUUUUUGUAUAAAUAAAUCGUUUGAAUUAU